UCCAUUUUAAUCGGGUGGAGCUAGAAAUAUGAAUGCGUGCCAACGCGGACCCUGAUUUAUUUAUUUCUUUUUAUUUAUAUCUUUUCAUGUUAAAAGGCAGGAGUAGAGGAAGGAUCACUACGUUAACAAUAUUAGGCUCAAUGGGAAAGAUGCGAGGUGAAAAACAGCUUCCAGUGAACCACAGGCUAUAUGACAGUGGAACCUACAAGCUUAAUGAUAGGCCUACAUUUCAAGUGGGAAUUCCGGGAACACUCACAUGACACCAACUCUCCAGCUCUAUUGGUUCAAGGCACGUGUCUGAGAGAUCCGUAGUACAACGUCAUCGAAGCGUCUCCCAGCCAAUCACAAAUGAGAACCAAAAUCCGUAGUGAAAGUAUUUGAGCGGCGUCUUUAUCAGGGCAGUUUAGUGCGGCUGGAAGCGUCAAUAAUUGUGUGCAGGGAGCCGGAAAAAUUAAAUAGACUCCAUUUUUUUUCAACUCUUAAUAUUAUUUUGAAAUUUAAAAAAUUGCGCACCAAGUACAGCCAUGAGGAGCAGGCUUUUACCUGAAACCGAAGCAUGAUUUUUCUUUGUCAGAAUCCUGAGAGGCCUUUUCACAGUAAAACAAUUUCAGUUAUUCUGCCAAAAUAAAACUACUCCGUUCGCUCACCGCCCUUUCGAUUUUUUUGACUCAUAAUAUAGUAGCCUAAUUAAUUGAUUAGAAAGUGAACAGGAAGAGACACAAAAUUGGAAAGCGCAGAGAGAGGUGCUGAGGGGGAUCCGGCUCCAUCAUUAUGGAAGAAAAUGCUCGCCGAGACCCAGAGCGCCCAGACGAGUCCGGAGAGGAGUCCGACCGGGCCAUGCUGCCUCUCCUCCAGCCGCCUGGCAACCAGCAGUCCCACAGGAUCACCAACUUUUACAUCGACAACAUUUUAAGACCGGACUUCGGCCGAAAGAGGAAGGACGGGACUUUGGUCCGGGAAGGAGACAGUCUGGGGGUGAUCAGACGGAGACAGGAGCUGACAGGGAGAAAGUCCUCCAAAACUGGCAACCCGCAGCAGGGUGGAGUAGGAGGCGCUGAGGAUGAGGAGGAGGACACGGGAGCAUCCGACGACCAGCAUCCGGAAACUGGGGCCAGGAGGCCUGACCUGAUAGCCGCCGAAGUGGCUGUGAAGGACCGCUGCCGCAGCCCACAGUCCAGCUCGGGCCCUGCGGCCAAGCCGAUGCUGUGGCCGGCCUGGGUUUAUUGUACCCGCUACUCAGACCGUCCGUCAUCAGGGCCCAGAUCCCGCAAACCAAAGAAGGCGCCGACCCCGAGUAAAGAGGACAAGCGGCCCCGGACGGCCUUCACCGCAGAACAGCUCCACCGGUUAAAAACUGAGUUCCAGAACAACCGAUACCUGACCGAGCAGCGGAGGCAGAGCCUGGCCCAGGACCUUGGCCUUAACGAGUCUCAGAUCAAAAUAUGGUUUCAGAACAAACGGGCUAAAAUCAAGAAAACCUCCGGGAGUAAAAACUCUCUGGCCUCGCAGCUCAUGGCGCAGGGACUGUACAACCACUCCACGGCCAGGGACGCCAAGUCGGACAGCGACUAGAGGAGACAAGGGGGGCAGGAGGGGAUUCUGAAUCAUGCAAUAAAACCACUUCAGUACCAGCAUUCAUAUUUAAAACUCAACCAGAGACGAUAUUGUGACAUUUUCUUGUCCUUUGAGUAUGUGUGGCGCGUGAGAGUGUGUGAGAGUUUGUCGGCUUCCUGUCCUCAGGGCUGUAGUUAUGAUGAAGUCGAAUCCAAGUCAAAGAUGGUGCUGCGUUCACAUUACAUCCAGAAAUCGGACAUUUUCAUGGCGUACACCUGUUACAGCCUAGACAGCAGCGACCUCUGUCCAAUUAGCUUACGGACACUGUCAACUGUUACAGAGCAGGCUACAUCAUGAUUUGGUUCUGAAAGUCAAAUCUGGUAAGAAGGCCUAGCAAAUGACAUUUCAGAAAGUUCACGUUUCAAAAUGGGGGGGGGGGGGGGGGGGGGGGGGGGGGGGGUCAGAGAUUGAGAGGAGAGUAGCCGUUUAGAUGGUGUUGGUAAAAAGCCCAUCAUCUGUUAGCUAAAGCUCACCAGCCACUCUCAGAUGAGUUGAUUUCAGAUACAAUUUAGGCCUACCUUUAGAAUUAGCUGUAAUUAAAAUGAUGUGACAUUAAAAUGAAUUGAAACGAACAUUAGACAUCAUUGCUUUGGCUGAAGAACGGCCCGCCGUCAGCUAACAUUAGGCCUACCUCACAAACCUCAGAGUUGUAUUUUCCUGUGAAGAAAUAACCGACAUUUUAACAGGUAGGCUGAUAGGGUAGGGUCAGAGCGAGGUCCAGAGAGGACUCGGGACAAAUCCAGGUCAGCUGUUUUCUGCUGUUGGCAUGAUGAGCUACCUGCCUGCUUAAAUGACUUUAGUCUCAUUACAGCUCACCUUUAUUCAUGACUUAAAAAUUUAUCACCGGAAAAAGGUCAACUACGAUGUAGAAGUACAAAAAACAGGAUAUCUCUGAUGUUUUUUAGAGGCGGUAAAAGUGAGUCAACAACAUAGGAGCUGAGAAGGCGCCGAGCCCAAGGGAAGAGAAAUGCGGCCUGGACAGCCGCAGCGCACUAACGCCCUGUGUCCCGUUAGGCCCAGCCUUGUGUCUGAUGGACUUUAUUGAUUAUGAAAACUAUAUGCUAAAAUCCAAAGAUUUUUUCUGCUGCAUCCUGAGAACUGUGACUUGAGAAACAGCCUUCUCUGUGUUGUCUGUGUUUUGUACUUUCUGACUCUUCUUGUGUCCUUGUGUGUUCUGUCGCGUGCUGCAGUGUUUACCUGCAGCUCAGUAGCAAACAGCCUUUUAAGAUUUUGGGAAUGUAACAACACAUUUUUUUAUCUGGAAUUAAAGGUCUGCUUUAUAGAA